AUGCAGUCGACUUGCCAGCAACAACAGGCUCAACCGGGUCAAAAUGCUACCUCGGCCAGCAGAACCUCCUUCUUGAUCGAAGACAUUUUAAGCCGCGGCACAGCUCAACCCCAUUCUCCUCAUCAACUUCAUCAUCAGCACCUCACGUCUAAUCAUGGGGUGCAACAUCAGCAGUACCAACAGUUUGCCAGUUUAUUGCCUGGAUACCAUUCGGCACCACCCACCGCCGCUUUCUUUUUGGGACCACUUUUUGGGAACACUGCCAUGGGGGUCGGUGUGGUUCCAGGGGUCAGUGAACUUGCGGCCUUGAAACAUUGUCGUCGACGGAAGGCACGGACAGUGUUCAGUGAUCAACAAUUAGCGGGUUUGGAAGCUAGAUUCGAGGUCCAAAGGUACCUCAGCACGCCGGAAAGGGUCGAGCUUGCGGCGGCUCUUCAUCUCUCGGAAACCCAAGUGAAAACGUGGUUUCAAAACCGACGAAUGAAGCACAAGAAACAAUUGAGGAAAUUGACCACUAGCGGGGGAAGCAACGGUAACCAGAAUUCCAAUCAGCAAUGCACCGGUCAAUCUGUAUCAAUUUCAUCGCCUGCCGAGAGACCAGUGGAUUUUUCGUUAAGCGGUGGCCGAGAAUCGCGAGCGAGCAGCGACGCCCCGGUGGACUCCGACGACGACGAAAUCGACGUCCUAGGCGACGAGACGCCGUCGCCAACGCGAAACAAUAACAUCCACGUGUCCAGACACAGCGGAUCGCCAACGAGUUUUCAUCAGAUCACGCAUUCUCAUCCGAUUAGCUUGUCUCACCAACCGCAACAUGGUCAAACGAUUCAACGUCAGCAUCGCUGA